AUGCGGCUCACCCGCUGCCAGGCCGCCCUGGCGGCCGCCAUCACCGCCAACCUCCUGGUCCUCUUCUACGUCUCGUGGCUGCAGCAACAGCCCCGGAGCGCCCGGACCCGGGGCCCCCGCCGCGGAGCCGCCGCCGCCGCCGGCCCCCAGGUCACCGUCCUGGUGCGCGAGUUCGAGGCCUUCGACCACGCGGUGCCCGAGCUGGUGGACUCCUUCCUGCAGCAGGACCCGGCCCAGCCCGUGGUGGUGGCCGCGGACGCGCUGCCCUACCCGCCGCUGGCCCUGCCCCGCCUGCCCAACGUGCGCCUGGCGCUGCUGCAGCCCGCCCUGGACCGGCCCGCCGCCGCCUCGCGCCCCGAGACCUACGUGGCCACCGAGUUCGUGGCGCUGGUGCCCGACGGGGCGAGGGCCGAGGGCCCGGGCCGGCUGGAGCGCAUGGCGGAGGCGCUGCGGGCCGAGGCGCUGCGGCCGGGGGGUGCCCGCCUGGUGGCCGCCCCGGUGGCCUCGGCCACCCCGGCGCGCUGCCUGGCGCUGAACGUCAGCCUGCGGGAGUGGACGGCGCGCUACGGGCCCGCGCCCCCCUCCGCGCCGCCGCGCUGCGACGCCCUGGACGGGGACGCGGUGGUGCUCCUCCGGGCCCGCGACCUCUUCAACCUGUCGGCGCCGCUGGCCCGGCCCGUGGGCACCGGCCUCUUCCUGCAGGCGGCGCUGCGCGGCUGGGCGGUGCGGCUGCUGCUGGACGUGACCUUCCCGGCGGCGCGCCAGCCCCCGCUCGCCACGGCGCACGCGCGCUGGAAGGCGGAGCGCGAGGGCCGCGCGCGGCGGGCGGCGCUGCUGCGGGCGCUGGGCAUCCGCCUGGUGAGCUGGGGCGGCGGGCGCCUCGAGUGGUUCGGCUGCGGCAAGGACACGCCGCGCUGCUUCGGGACGGUGGCGGGCGACACGCCGUCCUACCUGUACGAGGGCCGCUGGACGCCGCCCUGCUGCCUGCGCGCGCUGCGCGAGACGGCGCGCCACGUGGUGGGCGUGCUGGAGGCGGCGGGCGUGCGCUACUGGCUGGAGGGCGGCUCGCUGCUGGGCGCGGCCCGCCACGGCGACAUCAUCCCCUGGGACUACGACGUGGACCUGGGCAUCUACCUGGAGGACGUGGGCAACUGCGAGCAGCUGCGGGGCGCCGAGGCGGGCUCCGUGGUGGACGAGCGCGGCUUCGUGUGGGAGAAGGCCGUGGAGGGCGACUUCUUCCGCGUGCAGUUCAGCGAGAGCAACCACCUGCACGUGGACCUGUGGCCCUUCUACCCGCGCGACGGCGUCAUGACCAAGGACACGUGGCUGGACCACCGGCAGGACGUGGAGUUCCCCGAGCACUUCCUGCGGCCGCUCGUGCCCCUGCGCUUCGCCGGCUUCGUGGCGCAGGCGCCCAACAACUACCGCCGCUUCCUGGAGCUCAAGUUCGGCCCCGGCGUCAUCGAGAACCCCGAGUACCCCAACCCGGCCCUCCUGAGCUUGGCGGGAAGCAGCUGA